CUUUCUCAUCCUGUCUCUCUCACUUCUCAAUCCCUAACUCUAUUCUCAGUCUCUCAUUCCCUCUCUUAUUUCUCAACUCUAUUCUCAGUCAACUCUAUCUCCUUCACUUCUCUAUUCUCAGUCUCACUUCUCUAUCUCCUUCACAUCUAACCUCUUGGAUCUGUCUUCAAGUUUUACCAUUUCUCAUGUAGGUGGCUGGCGCAAGAGGCUGGACAGCGUCGGAAACGGGGCUCAACGGUGCGUGGGCUCGACGGGUGAUGACGGUUAGUUUUCACAAGUUUGGAGACAAGUUUUUUCCUGGAACCAGUGAUGUCAAGACAUCAACUUCUACCUGAUGAUGAUUUGGGUCCAUUAUACGACUUGCUUAUUGACGAGCCGCCAGAAAUCAGGUAUGCCAUCAAAGCAUUAGUGUAUGAUCACUUGAUUGCCCAAAAGUUUAAUAGCUCCCAAUCUGGUGAAGGAAGCAACUCUUCUGAGGUCCAUCUGGGCAGAAUGUUGCAGAUACUGAGAGAAUUCUCCACUGAUCAAAUUCUAAGCAAUUACGUGAUUGAUGAUGUUUGGGAGUACAUGAAGGCCAUGAAGCUGGAUCAUCUAUAG